CGAGAGUCGUUGUUUUGAUUCGGCCUCGCACGCGCGACCGUCAGCAUGGGAGCCUACCAGUCUGGGAGGUCGGCGGGCAAAAAGACGUCAUCCGAAGAAGUGAACUUCGACCACUUCCAAAUUCUGCGCGCCAUCGGCAAAGGGAGCUUCGGCAAGGAUGUAUUUUCUCCCAUCUAUUUGUCGUGUUCUUUGACUUCCUUCUGUCUCGCCGUCUUCUUCUCGCCGUCUUCUUCUCGCCACUUCGCUUCAUCUUUCACCCUGUCUCCUGGGCAGCCGCCCCGGUCUAUUCGAUUUCCUGCAAAGGCCGAAAGUUCAUCGACCCCUGAUAAAGUGGGCAAGGACGUCGUAGGCAUUUGUGCCCUUAAGAGCGCUUCACCUCUGCGUUUGAAUGAGGAAAAACCCUCUGCGCUGACGAAGUAG